UGUUUACACAAAUCUUUUAUAUACACGAGGCCUGUUUUUGAGCAGGGCAAAUAAAAAAAAAUUGUAUUUCUUUUAGAGCCAACGUCUACAUUUAGUCCCUUCCACUUGCAUCAUAAAGGAUGUCAGUGUGCCUUUUUGCAGACUUUUAGAGAAAGAACUGUUAUGUUACCGUAACCUGUGUAAAAACAUUUAUGAUUUAGGUUUCAAUGAAAGUGAAAUGACAUUGAAAUGAAGCGCGCCCUGUGACAAAGAACAGUUUCCAUGGGAUCUGGUGUCAGUUGUUUUUUUUUUUCUAUUGUUGGGUAUAAUUACUGACCCUGCAUGGAGAAAGAACAGAAGAGAAGUCCUUUACUUAUUGAUGCUAAGCCAGGGGUUGGGACUCUACACAUAAAAACAGGUUAAGUGGCUCUGAACACACAUCGGUGAUAAAAUGCAGCAUCUCUGUUUCUAACUGAAGCGCUGACACAUUCAUAUCUCUGUCUCUUCACUCUCGCUCUGUUGCACCUGAGGUGAAGCAGAUAGAGUUGCACUGACCUACAUUAUAUCUUCUUUACAAACUAUUGUCCUCUCAUCCAGGCCGUGCUCCUCUCCCGCAUCUCAUCUCUCUUGCCCCCCCUGACGGCUGUAUGGAGGGCUGAUUGGGUUUCUCUUCUCUACAGUCAGCUUCAUUGGUGUCUGUCUCCUUUCCUCGUGGCCUUGACUCCAACAGGGUCAGGUUGCUCUCAGCCGGCAACAAACCUGGCAGUACAAACUUUAACUGGGACUCUAUUUAGACAAUUUCUAAAUAUUCGCUAUAACUCACAGAAAUUGGAGCCAUUCCAGCAACAUUACAGGUAUGCUUUUAAGAGAGUGUGAUCAUUUCUAAGCAGCCCAUCACUGAAAGAAAACAAUGUUUUUAUUUAUGUACAAUCAAGUUGUAUGACUUUAACAUUUGGAUCAAACCUCUACCUCUCUUGUGUAAUCCUACCAUGCAAUGACUUCCAGAUAAUGGUUUGAAGGUGAUUUCUGUGUAAAAUCAUAAACUUAUGCAUAAUGAUCAGAACAUGCAGAUUAAUCUUUGACAAGCUGAAUUAAUAUUUUAAAAUUAUACGUUAAUCCAUGAUUGUAAGAGUGUGUUGCCAGAAACAUUUCUCUUCCUCUUCUCCUUUAUCAGGUAAAGUUCCUGAACUGUAAGGGGAAAAGAAGAAGCAGCUGAUCUUAUCUGCAGCUAUUAAAAAUAGGCACUUGUAGAGUGCGCAUUUCAUCUCCCCUGCUAAGCUUUCGUGAAACUGGAUUCCAGCACUGAUGAAUAAAACAUCUGCAGUGUGAUGCUGGCUGAUCACCGGAGCUCUUUCAGGUGUAUAAGUGGUGAAAAGCGACAUUAAUCUACCCCACUGCAGCAAGAUCUGGACUGAGAUUGAAAGAAAACAGAAACUUGAAAGGGAACACACAGCAAAAAGGACGGCGUCUUGAGAGCGGCAUGUUAAAACCUCAGCAGCACAGCGAGUUCCUCCUGCAUGACCCCCCUCCGGUUUUUGGGAAGCCUUGGUACUGGCAGCGCAGCAGCAGCACCAUGGAGAGCACCCGCAGCCUGGCCCAGGUCAUCAUGGAGAUGCGCGAUGAAAUCAAGAAGCUGGAGGCGGAGAAUAGAGAGCUGAAGGGGGAAUACGGUCGGGAUAGGGUGGAAGAAGCCAGCAACGUGUCUUCAGAGGGACAGGAGCAGGAGGAAGUUGUGGUGAACCCUUAUGGGAAUCUGAGACGGAAUGCGUCUGCGCCGGUCCUGGAGGGACAGUUCAAAGGGAACACUGUAAUGACUGUUCGAAGGUACUCUACCAGCUCCAGUACCUCUGGUAUGACAGCGAAAGAGGGAAGGACAGACAAAACCAGAUUGAUUAACUCUGGAUGGGGGAGACUACAGGAAGUAAUCAAGCAUGAGAGUGAUGCUCUAGAAAAUUCAGAUGAUGGAAGCACAGACAAAGUGACCAACCGACAUUCUCUGCAGGAGUACGUCCACAAAAACAGGGCCAAGGUAAAAUCGGUCUCCUUCCUUCUGCCUGUCGAUGACAUUUACACCAACCGGCCCGCUCUGACUAAACACCAAGAGGAGCCUAAAAUCACUGGUUUGGCGUCCAUCAGUGAAACUGACUCCUGAGAGGACUUUCAAACACUUUGGACAUAAACCGGAACUCUGUGGCCCGAUUCAAGUUAUUCUUAUUUAGGUCAGUUUAGAUCAGAGCUCAGGUUGAUUUACAUCACACCUGACCACAAACGCACGAGAUUCAGCUUACAGGUGUUGCUCUCAGGUGGCCGAGGCAAUCUAAGCCUGGUCGACAGUGGUGAAAUGAUGAGGGCCCCUCUGCAAGUAGAUCAGGUGACCGGACUCUUCUCCUACCUGAGCUGUCGCUUUGAGGUGAUACUCACACACCUAUAGGUGACCGCCCAUUCACACAUAUAGCUGCUGUGGUCUUUGACUUGUGAGCAACGUCAUGAUUUAUUCAUCCCUUUUCUCUUAACGUGGACUGAAAUGUGAAUUGCCAAGUGAGACUGUGACCUGUUUCACUCUCUCGUCUUUGCUUGUGUGUUUUAUUUGGAAGGAGCCAGUGUUUGUCACAUUUACACCAAAUUAAAAUGAGCUACUAUGGUUUAUGUCCCACCUGUAUUGAACAAAUUACUUGUGCUACAGCUAUUUCACUUUGUGAGUUUUUACAGCUAUAUUUACAUUUAUUUCUGUGAUAGCAAAUUCAAUUUUGCUCUAUGAUCAAAAAGCAAAUAAAAUAUUUCACAUUAGAAUAUUGUUCAUGCAUCCUGGACUCUAGUCUCAGUUCUAAUGGUGGCAUAUUUGGGUGAUGUCUUUUUCCUUCUGUGAUGUUACAGUUUUUCUCAAUUGUUUACACACAUUUUCUGGUACUUGAGACAAAAUGACCACAACAUGUAACCAAUUCACCAACCCCCUUAACCAAUUCUGCUAAACUACAAGCACAAUUCCUGCUUUGAACUCAAAUUGCAAAUCUAAAACACACUUUUCUCAAAACACUACACACAACUCUCUGCUGUUGGCACAAUUUUCAUGCAGAAAUUAUCUUGUUUUCACAAGGAACACUCUGCCUAUCAAAUAUGCGCACUGACUCAUCACAAGGGCAAACACCUGUCACUCAGUUUUACAAUUAGGAAUCAGAGCUUUAGCAUAAAAGGGAAAACAGGUGAGCUCUUCUGUUUUGGAACAAUGGAUGCCAACAUUGGAAACAGAGACAGAGCCAGAGGAGUGAGAGUAAGAGUAGGAGGAUGGGGAGGACGAGGAAGACCAAGGACCGUAAUCUCUGAUGAGAUCCGGGCCACUUUGGUUGAUCAUGUGGUCAACCAUGGUCUUACAAUGAGGGAGGCUGGGCAAAGAGUACAGCCAAAUUUGAGCAGGUACACUGUAGCAUCCAUCAUCCGGACCUUCCGAAAUGAGAAUAGGUAAGAAAUUUUCUCUCACUAGAAAAUGGCAGUACUGCAUAUCAAUACAAUCAGUAUUCAAUGAGUAUAGUAGUAGUAUUGCCUGUGGAUGGUUUUGUUGGACAGUAAAAAUACUGUAAAGUAUGUUUCCAGUAUUUAGGAAAUGUAUACCUACUUUGUAUUCACAUUAUUUUACUAUUCGUUUGGCAGAACUGAAAGACUACCAACACGAGGAGGUCGGGAACGUCUUCAGUCUCCUGAACAGGAAACUGAAAUCCUCAACAUGGUCCUAGAAAACAAUGCCAUAACAUUACGGCAAAUACAAAGAAAAAUAUUAGAAAACAACGACGUUUCAAAAUACUGAUGGGGUCAGCCUAUCAACACUGGACCGUGUCUUGCGCAGAUAUCAUCUCAGGAGGAAGCAGGUCUGCAGGGUGCCAUUUGAACGCAACUCAGAAAGAGUCAAAGAAUUGCAAUAUAACUAUUUGCAAGU